AUGGGUGCAGAUGAGGAGCACGACGAGGAGGAGGAGGACGACGAUGGGAGCGACAAUCCAAACCCUGAUUCAACCGGCAAUGGCAAGAAGGACGACCCUGGCGAUGACCCUUCCGGCAAUCUUGGGGGCAGUGGUGAUGGGGCCGAUCCUGGCAUGGGCGGUGGUAUUGGGGGUGCUGCCAACACGACGAGUGACCCUGCACCCGGUGACCGGGCUGACCAACGUGGCGUUGCUCGUGUGGGGGACAAUGGUUUGAGUCUGGCGUUAGAGGACGGGGACAUCGAAGGACUUCUUGACCGGCAAGACAUCCGAAGAGGGUAA